AUGCCAACAACUCGCCGCAACGGUCAACUGUGGUCCUGUGAGCCAUGCCGCAAAUCAAAGCUACGGUGUGAUCAUGCGACCCCAGUUUGUGGCCGCUGCAUACGACGCGAUAGACAACACCUCUGCGUCUAUCACCCAUCACCCCUCACACGGGUAGUCCCACCACGGGAGGAACGAGUACGAGUUCGAGAGCCUAAAGAGCCUAAAGAGCCUAAAGAGCCUAAAGAGUCGACAGAGUUCAGCAUUAGCUCUGAUGAUUGGAGCCAAAGAAAGGCCACUACAUUCGCGCCAGGUUUCCUUGGCCACACUAGCUACUCGGACGCAUUUAGAGAUAGCGACAGCGGAUUGGAACUGGAAGGUAUAUCGCCAGCCCCAGGUGCUUUUACCGUGAAUAUUGAGCGCAUACAGCGUGGCGCACGAGUGUUGGUACCCCUGAAACAUCUUUCCUUGUACCGGGAGAUGUUGACUGCCCGACACAAGAUCUGGAAAGGAUGGACCCUCGCCUGGCCAAUUACACUUCUGAUCUUGAGCCACACGGAAGAGAUGUGGCACUCCGUUCAACGCGAAGAAGCUGAUGAAUCCAAGCAGAUGCUUUUGCUGUCCAGGAGGCUAUUUGAGAAACAGACACGACCGAUCUAUCUCGACUCAGAUACAACAUGUACGGAAUUUGUGUCUUUCAUAGCUGGACGCUGGGAAACGAUAGGUUUGUUGUUUACUCUCGUCGGGGUGGCGGCUAACGCCGUCCUUCGUGACCCCGAUGAGACGUUCGAUGCGCUGGGUGAUGCAGAAAGCAUCAAAGUCACCGCUGUGGCAGCUGGAGAUCUCUGUCUACAAUUCUGCCAGAGUGCCGGAAUCAUCAAUGACAUAGUAUGUUCACUACUUUUGCAUCAUACCUCUCUUUUGACAAUCGUAUAUGGCGAUGGCGACCACCGACCCUGGCGCCGGCUAGGUGAUAUGGCUGCUACUCUCUCCGCAUUUGGACUUCAUCAAGAGCCGGUCAACGUGCCUUUCUUUCUCGGCGAGAUGCGGAGGAGGACAAUGGUAGCAGCAUAUACUGUAGACAAAUCUCUUGCGACAUUUCUUGGGCGACCUCCACUAAUAUGCUGGCGGUAUUGUGAUAUUCAAAUGCCUCUAGACCUCAGUUGGGACGAGAUCCACGCUGAACCGGCGGAACGAGAAGCAGCCAUUGCGAAUUUGAGUAGUGAUGGCUGGAACAAGGAAGGAUAUAUCCAGAAGGGGGCUUUGGGUCGUGCCUGUCUUUUGACGAGUAUUUUCCGUGAAAAGGCACUGGAGCUAUCGCUUGGUCGCCCGACCGACGAUUUGCCAGAACGAGUUGAGGCCUUAUCACGGGAAUUGCAUCAACAAUACGACAAUCUGCCUGAUUUUCUACGGUGGAAUUCUAUAGGACGCUACAUGACCAAAGAUGCCCCUGAUGAUCGUCUUCAAAUUGACAUUCGUCUAGAAUUCAUCUAUAACGAUUUUCUGCUCUAUAGAAACCUUUUUAAGAAGACCAAGCUGUCACCAGACCGGAUCAUCAGUGUUUCGCUAGAAAUCAUGAGUGCGAUGCUGUCCCUUGUCGCCAGAACGCUUGAAAUUCAAAUCUCCAAACAAAUGAUCUCAUGGAAUCUUUGCAAUACCGGACUUCCUCCAGCUGGAGUUCUAUCUGCCGAGCUUCUCCGGCAAUCCCGAUUACGAACCCUUGAGCCAUCAGCUUUCCCGCGCUCUGAGAUCAUUCAGAAGCUCAGUGUUUUUGCAUCGUAUUUGGAGACUAUGGUUCAACAUGAUGAUGGUAAUUACCAGAUUGCACAACAGGGCCACCGGGCCAUCCGUCACGUUUUGGAUCAGGUCCUUUCAGCGCCUACGUGGGCCGCUUCGUCCGCAUUGGAUUCCACGACAGAGCUUGAUCUCGACGAGUCAGCCCUUUUGAAUUCGGAUUUACUGGAUGGCAUUGAUUUUGAUGACCGGGAACCAUUUUUAGAGUGGCUGGAUGGGACAACGGACUUUCAUGAGCCAUGGCAUGCUUGGAUGAACUUGAGUUGA